AUGAUAAAGCACCUGGAGGAUCUGUUUUCAACACCACACACACCUGCAGGGGCAGCAGGUGUCCAUAAAAGAAAUUACGAGGACCUUGUUUAUGAGAACCUGAGUGAGAAGUUCCAUCUCAUUCUCCUCUCUUGUGUGCAAAUAGCAAGCAAACUGUCUUUGCACAGUGCUGUGGUUGACAACAACACAGCAGUGCAGUUUCUUCACUCGAUGGGCCACAGCAUUUCCAAACAAACUAUCAUGGACAUGGAGCUGAUGAUCUUGAAAGCACUUGACUUCAGGAUAAACACCCCCAACCCUCUGACUUAUGUUGAGAUACUCCUGGAGGUGCUUGGGCACAAUGACUCUUCUAUCCCUGUGGAGCACCUGCAUCACCUCAGCAGACACGUUCUCCAGUUCACCUACCUCCAGAGGACAGCCAUCUAUGACUCCCUGCUCAAGGCCACCACCCAGUGCCUGAGCCCAUCUGACGAACAGAGGUAGGUUGCAUCCCAAAAGGCACCCUAUUCCCUAUAGUGCUCUAUUUUUGACCAGGGCCAUUGGCAGCCGUAGUUUUCCUCUCUCAAUGUUAGGCCGUGUGUUUAGUUAACAGCAGUGUAACAGCCAUAAAUAAGCAUGUGUUC